AUGAUGGAGUCAAAAGGUGGUAAAAAGAAGUCUAGCAGUAGUAGUUCCUUAUUUUACGAAGCUCCCCUCGGUUACAGCAUUGAAGACGUUCGUCCAAACGGUGGAAUCAAGAAAUUCAAAUCUUCUGUCUACUCAAACUGCGCUAAGAGGCCAUCCUGA